AUGGCGUCGGGUGCACAGAGUUUCUACGAGCUCUAUCGUCGGAGCAGUAUCGGUCUCGCUCUGACGGACACGCUCGACGACCUCAUCAGUGAUGAACGCAUAAAUCCGCAGCUUGCGAUGAAGAUCCUGGGCAACUUCGACCAGGCUAUCACCGAGACUCUGCAGAAGAGCGUCAAGAGUCGCCUCCAGUUUAAGGGGAGCCUCGACACGUACCGUUUCUGCGACGAGGUGUGGACGUUCCUUAUCAAGAACGUGACUUUCAAGAUGGACAACGGUAGCCAAUCUGUCCAGGCGGACAAAGUCAAGAUUGUUAGCUGCAACUCUAAGAAGCCUGGAGAGACUUAA